CACAUUAUUGGUAUCAAUCUAUUUAAGGGCUGAAUCUCGUGUGUCCUGUCCCCAUCUCAAACCAAACCACCAUGAAGAACUUGAUCGUUGCCGUUUUCGCUCUGCCUUUGGUGCUCUCCCAGCUGUCGGACCCGACCAAAGUAUGCGCCCCUGACAAGCUCCAAAGUGACGUUUAUGAUUUUAAUAACAAUGUGAGUGAAUACAUUUAGUUUUCAUAGGUUGACAACUUUAUUUUUUUAAAAAUAUUUUUACAGACUUUUAUUUACUGAACGUCCUACGCCUGCCAAUGUCGACGGCCUUAUAUUUGAGAAUUCCCCAUCAGCCAGUGAAAAUCUACAAGAAUUUAUGUUAAAGCGAUGUGAAAAUUGACAUUUUUUAUUUCUCGGCAAUUUUAUGAUACGAUGUUAAAACGAUUGUUUUAAUUUUCAUUAAAGAUGAUGGAUAACAGAAUAUUUUUAAUAACUUUCGAAUUAUAGGAAAGAAAUUAUAAUUUUGAUUGUUAAGAAUUAGAAGCUUUAAUAUUUUUGUUGUUGUUAAAAUGUCUAUUUCUAUUUCAUAUUCACAACUAAGUUAUUGAAAGAAAUGUGUCAAUUUUUUUAAAGUCUUUAAUUUUUUUAGAAAAUACUUCAAUAUCAGUUUAUUAAUAUUUUCCCAGGCCUAAACAUAUCUUAUUCAACUGUUUAUUUAAUUGCCCGGCUUGAACGCGGUCUUUCAUUCAUCAUUUAUUUUAAAAGAUGCUAAUUUCUGCUUGAUUGUCUUUUGAAUGCGAAUUUCAGGAUUUCGGAAAGGUUGCUGCAGAUUUCACAAAAAAUUUGAGCUCAGUGGCAUUCGUCAAAUCUGGCCUCAGAGCACUGUAUGACUUAAGCUCAGUAAGUUCUUAUUUUAAUUUUGUAGUAAAGUCUCUGAGCACGUUGUAUAAUUACAACAGCAUCAUCUCAGAGAUGAAUCUAUUUCAUCUGAAAAGGUCUUUUUUAACUUUCAAAAAAGAUACAUCACACAUAGACUGUACAAUUUCACCUGAAGAAAAGGAAAUAUUUAACCAUCUGUUGUUUUUUUACAUUUUAUUUGUAAACUUUUUUUUUUUUUUUUUUUUUUUUGAGAAAUAAAAAUUGAAUACGUACAAUUUCAGUAAUGAAAUCUUUCUUUAUUCAAACAGCUCAAAGGUUAUCUGUUUAUUUUUUUUUUUUUUUUUUUUUUUUUUUUAAAUUUUUUUUUUUUUUUUUUUUUUUUUUUUUUGAGAAAUAAAAAUUGAAUACGUACAAUUUCAGUAAUGAAAUCUUUCUUUAUUCAAACAGCUCAAAGGUUAUCUGUUUGCCAGCGAUGGUUCGUGUACUUCUUUUAACCUGGACCAGACUCAAGUGGUCACCCAGUGUCUACCAGGUGUGUUACAAUAUCCCCCAGGAUUUAUUCUAUAAAUUUAUACUCUGAUGACGGAGCCCGCAGCAAGAGUCGAUGGUAUCAUAUUGUUUCCUAGAUUGAGAAGCAACAAAUCAUGAGCAGACGUUAUACCAGACGUUAUCCCUCUAAACCACUCUUACGAACUGCAUGGCCAUAUUCUUGAGCCAGUUUCCUCCGUAAAGUACUUGGGUGUUACCAUUCAAAGAGAGGUCCGCAGGGACGAGCACAUUAACAGUGUGUGCAACCGGGCAAACAAGACCCUGGGGUUCCUAAGGCGCAAUCUGAAGAUCGGAAACUCAAGCGUGAAAGAAAAAGCCUAUAAAGCCUUUGUCCGGCCUAUUUUAGGGUACGCUUCUACAGUCUGGGACCCAUUUACCCAGAAAAGCAUCAACAGGUUGGAGGCGGUCCAGCGACGGGCAGCACGCUUUGUCAUGAACCGCUACAGAAACACCUCAAGUGUUGGCAGCAUGCUGGAAACACUGGGCUGGUCUACAUUGGAAGAACGACGACGACUAUCCAGGCUCUCCAUGUUGUACAAGAUAAAAAAUGGGCUGGUCCACUGCUUCGGAAUCAAACAGAAACUCGUUCAUCUUCCCCCUAGACUGCGACGAAGCCACGACAGACAGUUCCGGCUGGUAAAAACAAGAACCAAGUACAGGAGCUCAUCCGAUAGUGGCAAACUCUCGACACCACGUGUUUGCCUUGAGACUUACGGAAAGCGCACUUUCGCAUUUGCUGGUCCACUAAUUUGGAACGCCCUUCCUGUCAAUCUCAGAAACAACCAGACACUGGAGUCCUUUAAAACCGAUUUAAAGACACAUCUAUUUCGCAAACACCUUCUGGGAUGAUUUUCAACAUUAUUUUCCAGUUAAUGCAUAAUGGCUGUGUUGCUUAUGGUUGAAAUGGCUAGAAAGACUUUGCCAUUGUAUGCUUGUACUUAGUUUUUGUCGUGAUGCAUAAUGGCUGUGUUGCUUAUGGUUGAAAUGGCUAGAAAGACUUUGCCAUUGUAUGCUUGUACUUAGUUUUUGUCGUGUUGCGUUUGUUUUAAAUGUGGUAAACUAUAGAUUUGUUUUUUUUUUGACUUUGUACCGCGCUUCGAGCCUUUGGGGAUGAAGCGUGUUUUUGAAAUGAACUUUAUUAUUAUUAUUAUUCCUGCCGAAGACAAUAGGGUACUGGAGCAAGCUUCCAAAAGCAACAGUUGAGGCAGCUACACUCGACACAUUUGUGUCUAUUGCCUCCUUAAUUCCAACCCCCAGUUCAUAACACCACUGCUGAGUCGCCCUUGCAACCAGUGAAGCAUCCCAUUGAAACCCAUGCACAGUAACAUCGCAAACCCCUCUAAAACAUAGGAGCCAGAAUGAUCAAUUCAUUGAUCGUGGGCCCUCAAAAUAAAGAAGAAAAAGAAGAAGUAAAGAGUUGACGACUUUAUCAUACGACGUCCAACAUAUUUAGACUUUUCUCCUAGAAAAUUAGCCAAGAAAAGAUCUCACUGCCAUCAACAUACCUCAUUUUUUAAAAAAAUAACCAGACCUUUUUGAUACAAAUCUCAAAAUGGAAAGAAAAAUUAAUAAUUAAAAUUUCACACAGAUUAUCUCAUUAUUAUCUAAUUAUUAUCUCAUUAUAAUAUUAUAAGAAACUUAAGAAACAUAUUUACUAGUUCCACAUCAAUCAAUGAUCCUUAUAAUUAUUCUCACUUACAUUUAUGCGCCUUACAAUACAAAUAUUUAUAAAAAUUAUCUUACUUCACCCAUUUUAGCCAACUCAAGACAGCUGUCAAACACCACCACCACAAUUGGCCUCGCUUCCAGCGGAGGACUUAAGAUAGUCGCCUACGAGGUUCCUGUAACGGCCACUGUCAGCAUUAGGCUUGCCUUCACCGACUCAACGCCUGCCUACCCAGUUCUUCGUCAAGUUAUCGGUAAGUUGCCGGCUGCUAGCCACAUCCUUAGCGAUGACCUCUCGCUCAAGACUGAGACGUAAACCAUCGUGCAGUAAUACUCAAAGUUACAAGGGAUUCACAAACGCUUACACAUUGAUACUUUUGUACAGCGUCAGUAUUAACACCUGUUAACGUUUUUGUAUUCGUUUUGAGGGCCAGAAGAGUUUCAAACAACAGUUAUAAAAUACAAAAUAGAUCCUUCAUACUACUGAAAUACAUUCACAAUCUAAUUUUUUUAAAAAAAUAUUUCUUCAACUCUCAUAUACGUUAAUCAUAUUAAUCGAUUCCAAAGAGUUGAAACCAAAUUAUUUUGUAAACACGAUUAAAAAAUCUUUUUUAAAAAAAACUAGAGGCAUAUAAGACGCUUAAGUGGUACAUUUAACUUUAAAUAAUAAGAGGAAAUUGCUAGUUUAUCAAAAAUAGGGUUGUCCAUCUCAAUUCAUAUGGUUGCAUGGGCGCCCGCAGAAAACUUUCUAGGGGGUGGGGGACAAAAAAAAAUCGAUUAACUUUCCAGGGGGGGGGCGAAAAUUGUUUGGUAAUGUUUUAAUGUAGUUUUAAUUUACUGUAGCGUAUUUGUAUGGUGAACGAACGGACAGGACAUCAGCUUAGUUACUUUCUCUUUAUUUUCUCUUUACUUUAAUACAUUUUUUGUCUAUUUUUGUCUAAAAAGUUUUUAUCCAAUCAAUCCAGGGAGGGCAAAAAACCCCUUGCCCCCCCCCCCUUGCGGGCGCCCAUGUCUCGUUGCAUCUGUACAUAUCUAUGCUUAGCGUGCCCACAUAUACCUAUGUUUGAAGGAUUAAAACCAUUCAUGUUUAUGUUCAUAACGUUACAGGCACAAACAGCACUGUAUCAGGCGGUGUUCUUUUCUUCACCAACCCAACCGUCACCAUCGACCCAGCCCUGUUCGUCAUCCCAGUGGUUUGUCCUCCCAUCACAAUCGGCGGCUAAAUUUAUCUCCAACUAACUUUCAUAUGUGCCUCGAAAACUUUAUGUAUUUUUGUUAAUACUAUGUAUUGAAGUAAUAAAAUUGCUAAAAUUUCACUGAUCAUUAAAUUUUUUCUUCAUAAUCAUAAUUACUAGACCACGAUUUUAGCUUUGAAGUCAAAUGUUCAUGUCAAGGAUAGCAAUUUUAAAAAACAACAAACAAAUAAACAACAGGAAAU